CCCUCUGGGCCCCAGAACAGAGGGCUGCUUCUCCUCCUAGAAACCAGACAGCCAGCUCUGGCCGCUCCUGGCCAGUGCCAUGGCCAAGAAACUUAGUGACCAUCUCCUGAACUCCCUGGAGGAGCUGGUGCCCUAUGACUUUGAGAAGUUCAAGUUCAAGCUGCAAAACACCAGCCUGGAGAAGGAGCAUCCCCGUAUUCCCCGGGGCCUGCUCCAGAUGGCAAGACCAGUGAAGCUGGCCACUCUGCUGGUCAACAACUAUGGGGAGGAGGACGCCGUGCGGCUGACCCUGCAGGUACUGCGGGGCAUCAACCAGCGCCUCCUGGCAGAGGAGCUCUACAAGGCCACCGGCCAGGACUAUCCUACACAAGAAGGUGGCACUGACAGUUCAGCAGUGUUGUGUUCCUCUGGGGAGAAUAAGCCCAAGAGCCUGAAGAUACCAGAUGGCCCGGACGGUGACAGACAGCAACAAAGUGGUGAGGGAAUAGCUAGCCUGCAGUCUGGCCAGCCUGAGGCUGAGAGAGGGUUCCAGAAGAAAUCCCAGGACAGGCGGAGAGACCAGGGCCCAGAUGGGCAGGGCAAGCCAGCGGUUAGGAGCAUGACUCCACCUGCUAGGAGAGGCCCAUUCCUGUCUCCGGCUAGGCUGGCUGGGGAGAAGGGGUGCAUCCUAAGCUCCAGACUGCGCAGGAAUGCCCACUCUACCAGCAGGCUACAGGGGCUCUCCAGCAACUCAUUCUGUGGGUCCUUGGUAAGGAGAGAACCCAAGAGAGCUGAAGGCAAGAAGCGACCCAAAAGUCUUGAACUGGCCAUUUCUUCAGAAAAGGGAGAACCCCUAAACCCAGAAAUUCUUCUGACUCUAGAGGAGAUAAAAAUUGUGAGUCCAGACACAGUAGGCACCCCUGGGAAAAUGGCCAUUCCAGAUAUCGAGGCUACUGUGGCUCCAGAGAAAGGUUCCAGGAAUCCAGAACAAUCUGUGAUCCAGGAGGGAGGAACAUUCAGGAAUGUGCUCACCAGUGUGUCCUUGACUGGAGAGGAGAAAACCCAGGAGCAUCCAGAAUCCACAACACCCUCGGAGGAAAACAGAAUCGGAAGUGCAGAGGCCCCUGAGAUGCUCCAUGAGCCUUCAAAUCCAAAAGCCCCUCCAUUUUUGGGGAAGAAAGGACACCAGAAUCCGGGACACCUGGCAUCCUUAGGCAUGGUGGCCUGUAAAGGGAGACCAUGGGAAGGAGAGUCGGCUGGUGGUACCUGCGUACACGGUUCCAGCAGCUGCUCAGGGGGCCAUGGGGCCUUGGACGGCCGUUUAUCCAGUUGCCCCCGGUGCCAGACCCCGCUCCCAAAGGAGCAGCUGCUGCACAGCCUCAGCCCCGAGCCUCCGCCCCCGUGUGAGCGUCACAUGAAGCAGCCCCGCCUGCUCUUCUGUGAGGACCACAGGGAGCUUGUCUGCCUCAUCUGCAGCCUGAGUCAGGAGCACCGAGGCCACCAGGUGCGCCCCAUCGAGGAAGUCGCCCUGGAAUUCAAGGAGCAAAUUCACUGGCAGCUGGAGCAUCUGAAGGAGUUGAGAAAAUCUGGGGAGGAGCAGAAAUACCAGGGGGAUAAGGAGACAGCCAACUUCCUGAAACAAACUGAAGCCCAGAAGCAGAAGGUUCGGCAUCAGAUGCAGCAGCUGUGCCAGUUUCUGGAGAAACAGGAGCAGCUCUUUGUGGCCUGGCUGGAGGAGCUGGGUCAGACCAUUGGCCAGGUCAGGGAAAAGUACGGCAGCCGCGUGUCCCAGGACAUUGCUCUUCUUGAUGAGCUCAUCGGUGAGCUGGAGGCCAAGCAGUGCCAGCCAGCAUGGGGGCUUGUGCAGGACAUCGAAGUCACCCUGCACAGGGCCAAGACAGUGACCAUCCCGGAGCCAUGGGCCACCCCUCCAGAGGUGAAAGAGAAGAUCCACCUCUUCUACCAUAAGUCAGAGUUUGUGGAGAAGAGCAUGAAGCGCUUCUCGGAAAGCCUACGUUCGGAAGUGGAGAUGCUCACGGUUCCAGCAGUAACAGCUGCUCAGGCACAUGCAGUUAAGUGCCAGAUCAAGGUGAGUGGCCUUGGCCUGCUGGGUCCCUGUGCUCUCCCCCACCAGGUCCCAGAAGAGUGGUCGAGUCCAUGUUUCCUGGAGGUGGGGAGAACCUGUGGGGAUGCUGCCCAUGGACCCCCAGCUGGGUAUUGUGACUUCCUCUGCAGUUAAUGUGAUUCUGGAUGCAGAAACCACCCACCCCAACCUUGUCUUAUCUGAUGAUCUGAAGAGCGUGAGACUUGGAAACAAGUGGGACCAGCUGCCUGAAGGCCCAGAAUGUUCAGUAGCUGCAUCCUGGUCGUGGGCUCUCCGACCUUCCUCUCUGGCCGCCAGGACUGGGAGGUGGAGGUGGGAGGCAAGACAGGCUGGGUUCUGGGAGUGUGCAAAGCAUCCACGAGCAGGAAAGGGAGUGUGGCUCUGU